AUGGUCUAUUUAUUCGACGUACCAAUAUUCUUUAUUAUACUCCGUGAAACGCUCGAAUCUACAAUCAUUUUAUCGGUGCUUCUCGGAUUCAUCGAUAAGUUGUUGCUCAAUCCAAGUGAAGUUCGUAAAUUGAAACGACAAAUAUGGGCAGGAACAAUUGCCGGGUUGGGACUUUCGCUAGUUCUUGGCGGUAUAUUUAUCGGCAUAUUUUAUGCGAUGUCUCGUACUAAUCUUUGGGAAAAAAGUGAACCUUAUUGGGAGGGUAUUUUUUCAUUAAUUGCCUCAAUCGUAAUCACUUUGAUGGCAUUCAGUAUGCUUAGAGUGGCACAUUGGAAAAAGAAAUGGGAAGGGAAACUUCGCGAAGCCACCGAAGAAUAUCUCGAUAAACAUAGGAAUGGCCAAAGUUUGGCGUUGUUCUUGUUACCAUUCACUGUGGUAGCUCGCGAAGGUUUGGAAUCGGUGGUGUUCAUUGCUGGUGUCGGUUUCGGAAAACCGGCAUCCGGCCUACCACUUCCAGUAAUCACCGGAUUCCUAGUAGGCUUAUUAAUAGGUUACAUAAUCUAUCGUGGCUCACACGAAGUAACCCUCACAGCAUUCUUCAACAUAAUGACCGUCUUCCUAUUCUUUUUUGCCGCUGGACUUUUCACUACAUCAAUCGGCGAAUUUCAAGAAGUCACAGAAUCCGACGAUGAUGUUGCUAUCGUCUGGAAGGUUAAUUGCUGUGAUCCGGAGACUAGUGAAGGAUGGGCGAUUGCUAAUGCGCUGUUUGGCUGGAGGGCAGAAGCGACAGUUGGAACGACUGUCGGAUAUUUCGUUUAUUGGGGCGUAGUACUGGCUGGAUUGCUCUAUUUUUAUAUAAGAAAUCGGAAGAUAAAUGCCGAUGAUGCUGUUAUUGAUGCUAAGUCGACGAACAACGAUGUUGUUUUGGUUCAUAAUGAAAAAGCAGAGGAUGCUUAA